AUUCAAAAGCCAGAAGUAGCUCGCGUACCAAAACAGGAACAACACAACUGACCAAGCCGGGGCAAGGUUGGAACAUCAAGCGGAAAUAACAUCACUCAUCUAAUAUGGAACAAGACAAUUUCAUUGGUUUUGCCAAUAUUGCCGACCAGGUUCACAGAAAAUCCGUGAAACGCGGGUUCGAAUUCACCCUCAUGAUUGUGGGCGAAAGUGGCUUGGGCAAAUCGACGUUGGUGAAUUCCUUGUUCCUCUCAGACCUGUAUUCGGAUCGUAAGAUUCCUUCCGUUCAAGAUCGGGUCAAGCGGACCACGGAGAUCCAGAAAACCACCAUGGAAAUCGAGGAGAAAGGCGUGAAGCUUCGGCUGACGGUCGUGGACACGCCCGGAUUUGGGGAUGGUCUGGAGGGUAAUGGGAGCUGGAAGGUGUGCGUGAAGUAUGUGGACGACCAAUUCGCUGCGUACUUUGAUGGUGAAAGUGGACUCAACCGCAAGAACAUUGUGGAUACCCGCGUGCAUUGUUGUCUCUACUUCAUUCCUCCAUAUGGUCACGGUUUACGGCAAAUUGACUUGGAAUUUCUCAAGCGAUUACAAUACAAAGUCAACCUCAUACCCGUUAUCGCCAAGGCUGAUUGUCUCACCAAGAGCGAAAUGAAGAAGUUAAAGGACCGGAUCAAUCAAGAGAUUGAGGAGAAUGACAUUGAGAUAUACCAAUUCCCAGACUGUGAUUCAGACGAGGACGAGGACUUCAAAUCUCAUGACCAGAUGCUCAAAUCCAGUAUCCCGUUCGCCAUUAUUGGUGGAACGAACACUUUAGAGAUUGGUGGGAAGAGAAUGCGGGGUCGUCAAAUGCCCUGGGGAUUUGUGGAAAUGGACAAUCCAGAGCAUUCGGAUUUUGCUCUGCUUCGGAGGUUCCUGAUCCAGACACACAUGCAGGAUCUCAAAGAUGUCACACACGAUGUACACUACGAAAAUUAUAGGGUUCAAUGCUUGAGUGAGAUGGCAGGGUUGCAAAAAGCUCCAUCUACUUCCACAUCCUCCAACUCUAGUACAAGUCAACAGCUUGCUCACAUAGCAGCAAGCCAUUCGGGUGGAUCGACGGAACGUUCCACGCAUUUACGGAAAAAUUCCGCCCUUCACAAGUCCCAAGAGGAACUGGAGCAAGAAACUGAGAAGCUUCUGGCCGAGAAGGACGAAGAAAUCAAGAAGAUGCACGCAAUGAUCCAGCAGAUGCAAGCCAAGCUUCAAUCCAACUGAGAUCCAACUCGUUUAGCUCAAUUUCUAGAUGGAUGAUGCUACUAGCUCCUUAGUACCAAUAAUUUCUUCCCUCCCCGUCUUCCUAUCGCAAUUUUCAACAUUCUCUCCGUGUUUCCCCUCGAGAACAAAGAAUCUCAAUAAAACAAUCCUUCCCUCUGCAUUCUAAU